AUGAUAUUCAACAAAUGGCGGGCACGCCGCAAAUCCGUCAAAGAACUGCGCAAAGAAGAAGCCGCUGUGCAUGAGGAGUAUCUAAAGAUGUGGGAAUUAGAUGCGAGGAUCAUGAAUCCGCAACCGCCAAGUUAUGGGGUAGUGGUGGGGGGACAGAGUGGAGAGAGUGUUGUGGAGUCCGAGAGGAGGACGGCAACUGGCACCGAGAUGGGCAUGGGAACGAGGACGACUUCCACGAGUGCGGAAAGUAGGAUCGGGACGACCAGAACAGCGAGUGAAAAUGGAUCACAGACAAGUGGAGGGAGUGCGCGGUGACGAGUUGCUGCAAGCACCGCCUGUACUUAUAAGCGGAAGACUGGCGCGUUGGGAUGUGUGGCUGGCCAUCUCUAUCAACCGUGCCGACAAGGACACAAGGGACAUUUGAACAGCCUUGUAGUCAGUGGUUUUCUGGAGCGGUUGUUUCAUUUUCAACUUGAAUCCAUUAGCGCAGCAAGGUUUAGCACGAGGUGUUUGGCAUGGGUAAGGAGUAAAAGUGCGUAUCAAUGUAACUAAAAGAAUAAUGCUGAUUGGACUCCUUGAAGGAGCCCUCUCGCUUACAGAUACUCUGUGUCGCUAAUGUCGAUGUCAGUCCCUAGUUUUCACACGUUUCCCAAUCCAUUGUUUCGAUAUUCUAGCCGUUAACUGACGAUUGAUUCCAGUCCAUUCCAUGUUCAUAUCACCAACUCAUUUUCCACGAAACAUUUUUGCUUCUCUUUCACCCUAAUAAGCCAUAGACUUUCUUCCAACACUGGAACGUAAGCCACGUGAAGUACACAGACCUCGGCCGCCAGUCGCAUUGAAGACCUCUUACUUUAUCCAUGAACACCUGUAUCAUGAUAUAUCCGCACAGCACCCACACACAAAGACGGAGCAGGUGCCACCCUGCCAUAAAGACUGUCCUAACCAUUCCGGGACGUAGGCGACAUGAGACGUCUAGUAAUCUUCUGAGUGGGACGGAACAGCUGUAGAAAAUUAGCCAUACUGCUGCUACAGCCUGGUAAAUUCACUACGGUGGCAACGGCUCUCUAUUCUAAUAGAAAUAUUCUCUAUAAAUAUGGAGGUAUUUUAUAGAAAAUCUUUCCAUAGGAAUAGAGAGUCGUUACCUACAAUUAUGGAGAAUAUUUCCAUGAUCAUAGAUUUCAUACUAUACAAAAUGAAACAUAGAAAUAUCUAUAAAU